GAUUUGAAUUGAAAUAUAUCGAUAGAAGUAUUUUAAAGAGAGCAAAACUAGUAUAUGAAAGAUUAAAAUCAAUUCAUUUAUCGUCAAUUAGUUUUGAUUUGAAAGAUGAUCUAAUAUGUAACAUAAUAUCGACAUUAGUAUAUAAAGAAUUUGAAUCAAUCUACUCAUCUUCAAUUGCCUUAAAAUUGGAAGUUUAUAAAGCUAAAAUAUCUUACAAGAUUUACUUUAGAAUAUCAUAAAUCCAUAAGACCAACAACAAAAAAAAAGUCCACAAGACAUGAAAACAUGCAACAUUUUUUGCAACACUAAUUCUUGAGACUAUUUUUUCAUAAAAUUUAAGAUCACUUCUUUCUUUUUGCCUUCGUCAUACUCUUGACAUCAUUUCCGACUCCGGCGCAAGGAGACGCAGACAUUUACUAUAGGAUCUUGGUUUGUGCACUGCAUGCAAACGAAUGGUAAAAAGGACGCACGUGCCACAUGGUUGAAUUGUUGUGUGUCAACAGUGUCAUUAACCAAGAUAAAGUGCCCAUCCCAAAUUCCUCUACGUGGUUCUUCUUGGUUCUCCAGCAGCAUCUCAUUUUAUUUAAAUCUAUAAAUGUUUUCGUCCUAAGUUCUAACGAAGAAAAACAAAGAAAACAAUUAAUGGGGAACAAGUUGUUGUUGCAGCUGCUUCUGCUUCUUCCUCUUCUGCAUGCUUAUUCAGGAAUAUCUACAGUUCGAUAUCUUCCAGGUUACCAUGGCCCUCUUCCUUUCGAGCUUGAAACCGGGUACAUUGGUGUUGGUGAGGCAGAGGAAAGCCAGUUUUUCUACUACUUCAUCAAAUCUGAGAGAACUCCAGCAGAAGACCCUCUUCUUAUCUGGUUAACCGGAGGACCUGGCUGCUCUUCUAUCUCUGGCUUUCUUCUUGAGAAUGGGCCUCUGGCUUUCAAUACUGAGUCUGACAGUGGAAACAUCCCAUCAUUGGUCUCUACUACAUAUUCAUGGUCUAAGGUGGCGAAUAUAAUCUAUUUGGAUCAGCCUGUUGACACUGGCUUCUCUUACUCUAGAAACCCACUUGCUAAUAUACCAAGUGACACAAGAUCAGCUAAGCUGGUCCAUGAGUUUGUUCAUAAAUGGCUAGCCAAGCAUCCUGAGUAUUUCUCCAAUCCUUUCUAUGUCACCGGAAAUUCUUAUGCCGGUAAAGUGGUUCCGGCUACUGUUCAAGAAAUCUCAAUUGGAAAUGGUUUAUGCUGUAAACCUCAAAUAAAUCUUCAGGGUUACGUGCUGGGAAAUCCUAUAACAGACUUGGAUAACGAGAAGAACUGGCACAUUCCAUUUGCUCAUGGAAUGGCUUUGAUCUCUGACGAGCACUACGAGUCGCUAAGGAGAAGCUGCAGAGGAAAUUAUGCUAAAGUGGAUCCUCUUAACACAGAAUGCAUGAAUCUCGUUGAAGAGUUUGAGAAGUGUGUUUCUGGAUUAGAUUGGUCAUAUAUUCUAGGACCAAAGUACAUAAACCCGUCUGACCCCGAUGACGCCAACCCGCUUGGGCAUCGCAUGACUGUGCAGUCUAACCGCUGGACCAAUGAGGAGAGUGUGCGCAGAGCCCUUCAUGUGGAGAAGGGGACUAUCGGAGAAUGGUCACUUUGUGAUCGGGAAUUACCUUACAAGUUUGACAUUAACAGCAGUGUACCAUACCAUAAGAACAACAGCAUCCAAGGAUAUCGAUCUCUCAUCUUCAGUGGUGAUCACGACUUGCUUGUCCCUUUUCUUGCAACUCAAGAUUGGAUGAGAUCACUAAACUAUUCCAUUGUUGAGGACUGGAGGCCAUGGAUGGUUCACAAUCAAGUCGCUGGUUGCAGAUACACAAGGACGUAUGCCAAUAAAAUGACAUUUGCCACUGUAAAAGGCGGCGGGCACACCAUUGUGUAUAAACCAGAUGAGUACUCUGCUAUGUUCAAGAGAUGGAUUAAUGGCCAACCUCUGUAGAAGCCUAUCAGCGAUUUGUUAACAAAAAAAAAGCUGCGAAGUCUUGAUAUGGUGAUCUCUGAUCUGAUGUGUCUUGUAUGAUUAGGCAAAAAGACAAUGAUAAUUUUGGGUCAAUUCCAACUUCUUUUUUAUA